AUGGCACAGAAAUUACAGUACAGCCCGCUUCUCAACGACGAUAUUCGAGUCAUCCAACUGCUCACGCAGGUCGAUGAUCCGGUCCACGCGACAGGACCUGUACACUGCAAGCUCGUACAUGUUUCACUCGAUGACUCGCAUCGGGUUGACAGCAGCAAGACUGCGCUCAAGGGCUCUGAUGGCGUCUGGCCCGUGACGGUAGCCAAUGCCGUUGACAACGAGUCCGGCACGUCGCAGCCGGUGAACUACGGCGCGCUUUUUGAAGCAGGGUUAGCGGAACGCAUGAUCCCGUUCGCUCGCCUUCCAGAAACACCAUACUUCGAGAGACCCAACUUUCUCAAGGCAAAAGCCAAAUCUCAGCACAGGGCACCAGCGUGGGACCCGAGCAAGGAUCCGGAGGCGGACCUGCCUUGGCGGUACACCUGGGGUGAUUUUGUCGCUUUAUCCUAUGUCUGGGGAGACCAAUCUAUUAGGAAGGACAUAUAUGUCAAUGGCGUGCCUAUGUCCGUGACAGCCAGUCUGGAGUCGGCUUUAAGAGAGUUGCGAAACCAUAUGCGGAUACAGCAGGGCUUCUACGUGUGGGUCGACGCGCUAUGUAUCAACCAAGAAGAUAUGGAUGAACGCGGGGUUCAGGUCGGGCGGAUGAAGGAAAUCUACCAUACGGCAUGGCAUGUUGUUAUAUGGCUCGGUCCUGAGGCUCAUCGUAGCGAUUUAGCGAUGCUGGCACUCCGAUACAUGAGUGUUGAGUCGGAACGAGGCGAUGUACUGUCCAAACUUUACAAAAGGGUCGAAUUCUACAUCGUCCGAUUGCCCUAUAUGCAAUGGAAGCACGAACACAGGUCCCUGCUAAUACGCAAAGGCGUGCUCAACGCUAUCCAUCACUUACUUUCCAGGCCAUACUGGCGUAGGCUCUGGAUUAUCCAAGAAGUUGUCCUGGGAUCCACAAACUCGCCCGUACUUUGUGGCGGCAGUUCUAUCCUGAUUAGGGAUAUUUUCAAGUCUCUACAGGUUAUGAAAGGAGAUGGCGACGCACUUGGCCAAUACAUCAUUAUGUCUGCCAGGGGCAACAGUACGCUUGGACGGAAAUGGAAUAUCACGGAAGACACCUACGAGAUCUCAGAGAAGCUAUGGGAAAGACCGGUCGCGAUGGCGAUUCUGCAAGCCUUGGACACGAACCUGGCGACAACGAAUAGAGGCGUAUACGACGCCCUACUCCUGAGUCGCGAAGCCAAGGCCACCGACGAAAGGGACCGCGUCUACGGCAUCCUCGGCCUGCCCCAUCUCGCGCGACUCGUCAAAAUUAACCCCGACUAUAAUCUCACCGCAGCCCAAACCUUCACCAUGUUCUCAGCGCGCCUCCUCUCAAGCGGCAACCUAAACGGCCUACGACUCGUGAACAGCCCCGUACCGCCCAUCGGAACGCAAUACCUAAAAUCGACGCACUUCUCGCGCCCGCGCAAGCCCAGAUUAGUCCACGGCCACCGCACCAUCCACCGCGGCUGCGAGCACGGCCUGCCCUCCUGGGUAAUCUGCUGGUCGUGCCCGCGCAACCCGGCGCAACCCUUCGACAACCGGUCCAGCGCGCUCUCGCCCCUCACAUCCCCAUCCCUCCCUUCAUCCGCGCCGCCCCGGAUAACAGACGACCGGCUCCUUACGGCCCAAGGCGUAAUAUUCGAAGAAAUCACAAGCCUAAGCGCCUGCCACGCAACCGAAUCCUCGAAAACGUACCCCCUUUCCUCGUCCUCCCCUCCGCCCAGCCCCUACGGCACACGAACCCAGACGCGCGAAGCGCUCGCACGUCUCUUCACCGGCAACGAUCCAGCAGGCUCUGACCCUAGCCUGCUCCUCCUCCCGCGGCUCUGGCAGACGGGCAUCAUGGGCGUGGACACGACGAACGUAUUCGGGGUGAAAGACUUCUACUACCGCAACCGGUCGCUGCGGCUAUGGGACGCAUGGACCAUCGACACGCUGAUCCGCGAGCCGAAGGGGGCUUUAGACAAGCGCGUCCGCGCCGGCGCGAGCACCGCGCCUAAGCUCGCGCGGCUCACGCCCGGACACCACGACGUGAUGGCCGCCGCCAUGCGGAUGCUGGCCUGGCGGCGCCUCGUGACUACGCGGAGCGGGUACAUGGGCCUUGUGCCUGCCGCGACGCGGGCCGGCGACGUGAUCGCCGUGCUGGUCGGGUGCGAUGCGCCGCUCGUGCUGAGGCCGGAGUCCGAGGGGCGGUAUUCGGUCGUCGGCGAGGCCCGGGAAGCGCAGGUCAAUGCUCGCCUAGAGUCUACGUCAAAGAAUCUUGAGGCUCUACUGGAGCGAAAGAAUAUCUUGGAGCACCCGCCCAAUUAUGAAGAGUUGAGAUACACGGACGUAGAGGAACAACUUCGAAAAAUUAGAGAAGAGAUCUCUAAGCUGGUUAAGAAGAAGCGUGCGCUACGGACCGAAUUAGCAGAGCUCCGGAAGAAUAAAUGA